CACUACACACCACUGCAAAUCCUUCUUCAUUUUCUUGCACUUUGGGUUUUCUGAGUCUGUUUUCUUUUGGGGGUUCUCUCCUGAAGUUCUGAACAGUUCAGAAAAAAAAAUGUUUUUUUUUUUUCAUACUCAGAUUUGAGCUGAAUAUCACUCGGUGGGGUUGAGUUUUGAUUCUCAGCGUUGAGCAAUUUGAAGUUUUUAGCAACCGUUUUCAAUCACUGAUUUCUAUCUCACUCUAAAGUACUUCUUUUGGAAUUAUUGAAUCCUCUAUUUGGUAACGGUUUUGGUAUGAACAUGACCUUUAUAACUUUUUUGAACUAUUAAUGGGGUCCUUUUAAGAAAUUUGCUUGCCACGUUGCAAUAUAUAAAAUACAAAUAUGCCUUCAUGGUGGGGGAGAUCAUCAUCAAAAGAAACCAAGAAGAAAGCAAGUAAGGAAAGUUUUAUCGACACAUUACACCGAAAAUUUAAAAUCCCAUCUGAAGGUAAACUAAGCAGUAGAUCAGGAGAGUCUCGUAGACAUCGCAAUGACGCUAUUUCAGAGAAAGGGGCCCAGUCUCGUUCUGAAUCAACAUCCCCAUCGCAUUCCAAAGUGGCAAGGUGUCAAAGUUUUGCUGAAAGGCCUCAUGCUCAGCCACUACCUCUUCCUGGCCUGCACCCAUCAAAUGUAAGCCGAGCAGAUUCUGAAAUUAGCUUAUCGACUAAAUCAAGAGUGGAAAAGGGCUCCAAACCAUCAUUGUUUCUGCCGCUACCAAAACCUGGAUGCAUGCGUGGUAGGUUGAAUCCUGCAGAUUUGGAUGGAGAUCUGGUCACUGCUUCAGUCUCUAGUGAGAGCUCUGCUGACAGUGAUGAACCAGUGGACUCCAACAAUCGUAGUCCUCUGGCAACUGACUCCGAGACUGGGACAAGAACUGCUGCAGGCAGUCCUUCCAGCUUGGUGCUCAAGGAUCAAUCAUAUGCUGUUUCCCAAGUAAAUUCAAGAGAAGCCAAAAAGCCAGUAAACCUUCUGGGGAAUCAUAUGUCUUCUACUUCUCCAAAACGGAGGCCUUUAAGCAACCAUGUUCCAGAUCUGCAGAUUCCUCCUCGCGGUGCCUUCUGUAGUGCUCCUGACAGUUCCAUGUCAAGUCCAUCAAGAAGUCCGUUGAGAGCAUUUGGCACAGAACAGGUGUUGAACUCUGCUUUUUGGGCUGGAAAGCCAUAUUCAGAGGUCAAUUUAGUUGGAUCCGGGCACUGCUCAAGUCCAGGUUCCGGUCACAAUUCUGGGCAUAAUUCAAUGGGCGGGGACAUGUCAGGACAGUUGUUUUGGCAACCAAGCAGGGGUAGUCCUGAGUAUUCUCCUGUACUGAGUCCCAGAAUGACAAGCCCUGGUCCAAGUUCUAGAAUUCAGAGUGGAGCUGUUACACCUAUUCAUCCCAGAGCUGGGGGAGCACCCACUGAAUCACAGACAGGACGGGUUGAUGAUGGAAAACAACAAAGUCAUCGUUUGCCCCUUCCUCCUUUAGCAGUUACCAACUCCAUGCCUUUCUCUCAUUCAAAUUCUGCAGCAACAUCUCCAUCUAUGCCAAGAAGUCCAGGAAGAGCAGAUAAUCCAUUGAGCCCUCCGUUGAGCCCUGGCUCACGUUGGAAAAAAGGAAAGCUGCUUGGAAGAGGCACAUUUGGACAUGUCUAUGUUGGCUUCAAUAAGGAAAGUGGUGAAAUGUGUGCAAUGAAAGAGGUAACUCUGUUUUCAGAUGAUGCCAAAUCUAAGGAAAGUGCUAAGCAAUUAAUGCAGGAAAUUACCUUAUUAAGCCGUUUACGGCAUCCAAAUAUUGUGCAGUAUUACGGAUCUGAAUCAGUAGAUGACAAGCUCUACAUAUACCUGGAGUAUGUAGCUGGAGGCUCCAUAUAUAAACUUCUUCAAGAAUAUGGGCAAUUUGGUGAAGUAGCUAUUCGUAGUUUUACUCAACAAAUUUUGUCAGGACUUGCUUAUUUACAUGCUAAAAAUACCGUCCAUAGGGACAUUAAAGGAGCAAAUAUACUGGUAGAUACUAAUGGACGGGUCAAGUUGGCAGACUUUGGCAUGGCAAAACAUAUAACAGGGCAAACAUGUCCAUUAUCAUUCAAGGGAAGUCCUUAUUGGAUGGCUCCUGAGGUUAUAAAGAACUCCAAUGGUUGCAACCUUGCUGUCGAUAUAUGGAGUCUUGGAUGCACAGUUUUGGAAAUGGCUACAACCAAGCCUCCUUGGAGUCAGUAUGAAGGGGUUGCUGCCAUGUUCAAGAUUGGGAAUAGCAAGGAACUCCCAACGAUCCCAGAUAAUCUCUCUAGUGAAGGAAAAGAUUUUGUUAGGAGAUGUCUACAACGUAAUCCAUACAAUCGCCCUCCAGCCAUUGAAUUAUUGGAACACCCUUUUGUAAAAUGUGCUGCACCUUUAGAAAGACCUAUUCUGGGUCCUGAAGCUUCAGACCCUAUAUCUGAGAUUGCAGAAGGAGCAAAAGCUCUGGGCAUUGGACAAGGAAGGAAUCUUUCUACGUUGGAUUCAGAUAGACUUUCUCUUCAUUCUUCUAGAUUUUUGAAAACAAAUCCUCAUGCAAGUGAAAUCCAUAUUCCAAGGAAUAUAUCAUGCCCUGUCUCUCCCAUUGGAAGCCCACUUUUGAGGCCAAGAUCACCACAGAAUGUAAAUGGUAGAAUGUCUCCCUCUCCUAUAUCCAGCCCUUCUGGUGCAUCCACACCUCUUAAUGGUGGUAGUGGUGCCAUUCCAUUUAGCAAUCACCUAGUUUACUUUCCAGAGGGUCUUGGAAGCUUGCCAAAGUCCUCAAAUGGUGCCUACAAUAGUGUCCCUGCUCAUCAUGACUCAAAUGUUGACAUUUUUCGAGGAAUGCAAAAGACAUCUCACAUUACAUCAGAGCUGGUUCUUAGUGAAAAUGAUGGUCUGGGGAAGCAGUUUGCAAGGCAUCCUCCUCAUGAUGAGCCAUAUGUUCAAUCAGUCUUGGCUGAUCGUGUUUGCCGGCAGCUGCUGGGGGAUCAUGUCUACCCAUCCCUUGAUCUAAGUCCCAACUCAUCUUUGCUCCGCCGACCAAAUGGUUUAUGACACCGGGAAUUUUCCUGGCCCACUUAUGCCAGCAAGUCUAGUGAAGUUUGUCAUAAUACCUUUUGGUUACAAGGAUCUAUUCAUUGUUCUAUUUGCUGAGGAAGUAAUUGUACAAUAAGGAGCCAAAGCAUAAGAGAAUCAAUGUAAUAAAUUUGGAUCUGAGAAGAGGCCAGCUGGGGCACAUAUGUUCAUUUUUCAUGGCUUCAGGCUUGUGGAAUUCAGAUCCUUACAGGUGAAAUGCCAAACUAAGCCAUAGGAUGUAACUUUCUAACAUUUGAUUUGUGCAUAUCAACUGAAGCAAAUCCUCACUUGUUAGCAAAGAGGAGUUUAUGUUUGUAUGUAGUAUAUUUAAGAUGCAGCAUCAAUGCAUGAGAAGUUGGGAGCUUGGAUUUCUCCUCUCUGUUGCCUAAGAUAUGAGAAAUGACAGGUUUAAUAUUUAUAUUAGCUCAAGUAAUGUGAGUUUUUAUAAUCAUGUGUAUGCAGUUCCUUCAGUUAAAAGAAAUUUCAUGCAAUGACAACUGUAUCUUUUAGAACAUCAUAUAGAUGCCAAAAAAGUGAAACUGAUGCAAAAUUUUAGCUUCUAGACUAUUUUUUUGGGAGAUAAUCAGGUAUUGCUGUACAGAAGAUGGGAGACUGUAUUGUGAUUCUGCAAUUAUUGAUGGGAAGCCAAGGGUUUAUGAAGCCCAUACAUCUUUUGUUUAACUGGGGGCUCAGAUGUAUCACUGUUAUUAUAGACUCUUCUAUUGGACUUGUUUUGUACAUUAUUAUUUGAAGGUAAAA